GGCCCUUUAAACCUUUCAGGGCUGCUCCGAGGGCCGCAGCUGGAGACGCGGCCACGAGGGGGCCGAGCAGGGAACGGCGGCAGCGGCGGCGGGGAGCUCUGGGGAGGCCAGGGCAGCUGAUGAUUGUGACCGAAAUAUCUCAAGGUAGCUGGGCCUGCCCCCUCUUCCCCACCUACCUGUUGUCCUUACCCCCAAACUACCACCACCCUGGCUCCACUCCCUCAUGACCGCCUGGAUCCUCCUUCCUGUCAGCCUGUCAGCCUUCUCCAUCACCGGCAUAUGGACUGUGUAUGCCAUGGCCGUGAUGAACCGCCACGUGUGCCCAGUGGAGAACUGGUCCUACAAUGAGUCCUGCUCUCCUGACCCUGCUGAACAAGGGGGCCCUAAGAGCUGCUGCACCCUGGAUGAUGUUCCUCUCAUCAGCAAGUGUGGCACAUACCCCCCGGAGAGCUGCCUCUUCAGCCUCAUUGGCAACAUGGGUGCUGUUAUGGUGGCCCUCAUCUGCCUCCUUCGGUAUGGGCAGCUCCUGGAGCAGAGCCGGCCCUCCUGGAUCAAUACCACUGCACUCAUCACUGGUUGCACCAACGCUGCAGGCCUUGUGGUGGUCGGCAAUUUUCAGGUGGACCAUGCCAAGUCUCUACACUACAUCGGAACUGGUGUGGCCUUCUCUGCUGGGUUGCUCUUUGUGUGCCUGCACUGUGUUCUCUUCUACCAUGGGGCCACCACCCCCCUGGACAUGGCUAUGGCCUACCUUCGAAGUGUGCUGGCUGUCAUCGCCUUCAUCACCCUGGUCCUUAGUGGAGUCUUCUUCCUCCACGAGAGUUCUCAGCUCCAGCAUGGAGCUGCCCUGUGUGAAUGGGUGUUUGUCCUCGAUAUCCUCAUUUUCUACGGCACCUUCAGCUAUGAGUUCGGGGCAAUCUCCUCAGACACACUGGUGGCCGCACUACAGCCUGCCCCGGGCAGGGCCUGUAAGUCCUCUGGGAGCAGCAGCACCUCUACCCACCUCAACUGUGCUCCUGAGAGUAUUGCCAUGAUCUGAGGUCUGGAGGGUGGCUGGCCCAGCCUCCAAAACACCCGCGCCCUCUACCUUCUUUGCAUUUAUUUUGUACCAAAAACAAGUUUUAGAGAGUAUUGUUGGGAUCUAGGCUUCCUUACUCCUGGAGAAGUGGCCAUCCAACACCCACCUGUGCCAGAGGGCUAGGGCCUCCACAGCUGCCUCUGCUGCUUGCCCUGUCUCCUCAUACCAGAGUAGUAUUCUGUGUUAAGGUCACCUGUCCUCCCUUGCCCAGCCAGCCCUUCAGGUGCCUUCUACUCCCAGUGCCAGAGCCAGACCACUGGGGCCUUCCGCUGCAGGAAUUGGGGCUGGGGCGGCAGGGGCUCAGGAGUCUGGAUGAUGGGAGGAGCAUGCCUUAGCCUAAGGGAAGGCCCACCCAGCUGCACUUGGGUUCUUCACUCUGCCCCUCACACUUCCUUUAGGGCAAAUAACACAGCAGAACCACACGAGUAUUUUAGUACUUUUUUAUAUCUAUUAAAAGAAUUCUAAUUUGCA